GCCGCAGCGGAGACACCGGCGUCAGUUUACGCGUCACCCGGUACCCGUUCCUGCGCGGAUGCUCCCUGUGCUUGCCAUUGCUUUACUGUCGGAAACCGUUCAGCAGCAAUUGCGGCUUCCUUUGUGGACUUCAAUUCAUUUGAUGUGACUGAAGUUCCAGCAGACUCGCCUCUGAUAGGAUCGUUUUUUUUUUCUCCGCCAGACGCACCGGAGGAUCCGCGGUUCUGCUCGGUUCGGUUUUGCUGAUUUAUUACAUCCAUUCAGCCGGUGUGGAUUCAGACUCUGUGCUCUGAUAACUUAAACAACUCCAGGUUCAUGAUGUUUCGUCUUGACGCUGGUGGGUUGCAGAUUCUAGUGGUUCUGCUGGUGUUUUCAGCGAACGUUGGUGUGUGUUUAUCUGAGCCUGCAGUGACAGUGCGGCGGGUCACUGCUCCUCCUCUCCGCCGUCCCCUGUCCUCCUCCGUCCUCCUGCCGUGUGUUUUCACUCUCCCAGCCGCAGCAUCGUCUCCUCCUCAUGGGCCCUUCAUUCACUGGACCCACGGCUCUGGAGCGCAGCAGCGGACGGUGGUGUCGGCGCGGGACGGGGUUCUGCGAGUCCACCAAGCAUUCGCGGGACGCCUCCGUCUGCCCGGAUACUCCGGAAACCAGCUGAACGCCUCCCUGGAGCUCUCGCGGCUCAGAUACAAUGACAGCGGGACCUUCAGGUGCCACGUCGCUCUGGGGGAAAACUACGAGCAGGACACCGUACAUCUGGAGGUCACAGGUGUGGUGUUUCACUACAGUGGUCCAGCGGAGCGUUAUUCUCUGUCGUUCUGGGAGGCGUCUCGAGCAUGUGAGCAGAAUUCAGCUGUGAUGGCGUCGGCGGAGCAGCUCUGGGCCGCCUUUCACUCCAGCAUGAAUAACUGCGCAGCUGGAUGGAUCUCAGACCAGAGCGUCAGGUAUCCCGUUCAGACGCCGGAGCUCGGCUGUUUCGGACACACUGAGUUCAGCAGAGGAGUGAGGAAUUAUGGGAAACGUGACCCGUCAGAACUGUUCGAUGUUUAUUGUUUCGCCAGUGACAUGGAAGGUGAAGUGUUUUCCUCGUCUGUACCUGAUAAACUCACUCAUGCCGAAGCCGCGGCUCACUGUGAGUCUCUGGACGCUCGUCUGGCUUCCGUCGGGCAGCUGUUUCUGGCCUGGAGGUCUGGACUGGAGCACUGCCACCCGGCCUGGGUGUCUGACGGGACGCUGAGAGUCUCUGUGGGCCCUCAGGGGUCUCAAUGUCCCAGUGAAGAGCCAGGAGUCAGAAGAGUUUCUCCUGCAGAGCUCAGCAACGGGACAGAGAGAUUCGAUGCUUUCUGCUAUAGAGUGAAGAAAACACAGAAAGCAUCUCUGCCGGACAUGAUGCAGUCUUUACUGAAGCCGUUGAAGUUCAUGAGCUCAGAGGAGCCAUCCACAUCUCCAUCCUCCAGCACUGAUGGUCAGCCUGCGGUGGGUCUGGAUCCGUCAGUCCUUCAGGUCUCCAACUGGACGGGUCGUGUGGAUCUGGACACUGAGUCUCUGCCAGCCGUGGAGCCUCUGGAGCUCUCAGAUGAGUAUCUGACGGUGUUUCUGCGAGCUGGAGACUCGAACCUGGACUGGAGCCAGCAGAUGGACACAGAAGAUCCGUCUAUCCCUGAUCAGAGUCCCGGAGGAUCAGCCCAAGAGGAGGAGGAGGAGGAUGAAGGUCUGUCCGGUCACUCCCUCAGUCCUACAGCUCCUCCAGAAAAGAGUAAGAGCUCCAUCAAAAACAUUGUGGACUCCUUGUGGAAACCCUGGAGUUAUUUAACAGGAGGUGAUUCAGAAGAGACGACAACAACCAGGACACCUGAGAUGAAGACCAGCUCUGCUCCUGGAUCAGGCUUAAUGUCCUGGUGGAGUCGCUCAUGGUUGUCUGCUCCUUCAUCCGUCACUGAUAAAAUCAUCUCUACUUCUUCAUCUGCGAGUUCAGUCGCACCGACGUCAGUCCUGCCGGCCAGAGAGCAGUCUGUGACCCAGAGCAAUCCGCCAGCACAGGAUGCUCCGCUGACCACUGUAGACUGGGUCAUCGUGACUGAACUAACAGAGAAAACCAAAGGCACCGUGGCCAUAGUGUCCACAGAGAGCUUCUCUGGAGAGAGUCGGGUUCUGGAGACUGAGGGCAGCUCAUGGGGAGAUUCAGAGCCGCUGACACUGGUGACGUCCAGCAAUGCUUUAUUCAUCAACACUACAGACCACACGCUGACUGAUUCAACCACCGACCACCCAAAACCUACUGACGCCACCACCAGGAGCAGCACCAGCAGCAGCAGCACAGUUCAUGGACACGAGGCUCGAGGAGAAAUCCAGUACAGACGCAGAAACAGAGGCAAGAAACCAAACCAGACCACCACUGAAAUGAGCACCACCACUGACCAGGACUCCACCACACCAUCAGUCCGGACCACCGCAGAAAUCCUCAGCACCACGGACAUCCAGAGCUCCCCAGAAACCCACAGCACCACUGCACCAUCAGUACAGACCACCACAGACAUCCAGAGCACCACCCCGCCAUCAGUACAGACCACCACAGAUAUUCAGAGCACCAUCCCACCGUCACUCAAGACCACCGCAGACAUCCACAGCAGCAGCACACCAUCUGCAGACACCAUUAACACUGAAACCACUGGAAUGAGCAUCUCCACAUCUGCAGACGAGACUCAGACGUCAAUCUCUGGAACAACAGCGAUCAUUGAACAUCAUCUGAGCAGCACAGAGACCAGCAAAACCAACAGCUCCACUGGAGAAACAGAGGACGACAGAUGCAGUUGUCUUCACGGAGGGACGUGUCUUCCUCAUGGAGAAGGUUUCCGCUGCUUUUGUCCGCAGGGUUACGCUGGAGAAAGCUGUGAGAUCGAUGUGGACGACUGUCAGUCGAACCCCUGUGAAAACGGCGGCACCUGCAUUGAUAAAGAGGACUUGUUUGUGUGUCUGUGUUUGCCCAGCUACAGCGGAGACCGAUGUGAGAGAGACACCGAGGGCUGCGAGCACGGCUGGAAGAAGUUUCACGGUCACUGCUACCGUCUGUUUCCACGCCGACACACCUGGGAGGAUGCAGAGAAGGCCUGCAGGGAGCACAGCAGCCACCUGACCAGCAGCACCUCCUCCAUGGAGCAGGACUUCCUCAACGGUCUGGGUCAUGAAAAUGUUUGGAUUGGUUUGAAUGAUCGUACAGUUGAAGAGGAUUUCCAGUGGACUGAUGGUCUGGAUGUUGUGUAUGAGAACUGGCGUGAGAAUCAGCCGGAUAAUUUCUUUGCUGGUGGAGAGGAUUGUGUGGUGAUGAUCACUAGAGAGGACGGAAAGUGGAAUGAUGUGCCCUGCAACUACAAUCUCCCCUACAUCUGCAAGAAGGGAACGGUGAUGUGUGGCACUCCUCCAGCUGUAGAUAACGCCUAUCUAGUGGGCCGCAGACGCUCACACUAUGACAUCCACGCUGUAGUGCGAUACCAGUGCGCUGACGGCUUCUUCCAGAGACACGUGCCCACCGUCCGCUGCCGACCCAACGGGACCUGGGAGAGACCCAAGAUCAUCUGCACCAAAUCACGGCGAGCUCACCGCUACCGUCGGCAACACCACAGAUCUCGACGCGAACACCGGAGACACCGAAGACACGGAUCUGGGCACAGGGGACGGGAUUAAACCACAGGAGGCGGUGCUAAAGUGCAGGAGGCGUGGCCUAUGACCCUCUGACAGCUGUUCCUGUGUUUCCAGGUCAGAGGAAGUGAGACAGAUGGAAAGGACAGAAACAGUUUCCUCUUUUACCUUUGUUUUUUACCUCUUUUUAGCUCUAAUUAUCAUACAUAAUAGUUUUCACCUCUACUGAAGGUUAUUUCACACAGACAGGCGAAAUUAACGCCUCGUUCUGCUGUGGAUCUUUUGUUUUAGGAUAGUUUUUGGUUUAAUAUCUCAUGUUUUUUUGUUUGGCUUUAGAUUUUUUGGGGAUGUAAUGCUUUAAUGAAAUACUGAAUGUCCAAAAUGCCCAAAAUGAAAGAACGUCAACCUUUGUAAUUCGUGAAAUAAGACGCUCUUCAAGCCUUUUAAUGGCACUUUCAUCAAUUCCUGUGCUUCUCAUCAUCUUCUUCAUCGUGUUGAGUGUUUGCUGAUUGUUUGGUUUGUAUUGCAAAAUCUUGCGUUAUUGUGAAAUGUUGGAUUAGAAAUGUAGUGAAAGCUGUAAUGUUUUACUAGGCAACAUCCAGGUCUUUAAUCAGCCCCAAAAUUAAAAGACAUGUUAUUUUGCAUAAAGAACACUUAUUUUUUUUCCUGUCAACUUAUUAUUUUGUUUCAAUUAAAAUUUUUGCAAUAAUUAAAUUUCGCACAACAAAUUCUGCCAUGAUUGACUAUUAAAAUAUGCUAACAUUUAAAAAUAUUUACUUGAACUUUUUAAUAAUACGUUGUGAUUACUGCAAUAACUGUUUUAAAAAUCCUGAUUUCUUUAUGCAAGAUAUAAUCUCUUGUUCCUUGAUUUGAUUUUGGGGUGAAGUGAAGUUCAAAUCACUUCAUUUAUCUUCUCACACAGAUAGCCAUGAUGAAGCAUAUGAAUCAGAGAUGAUUGACAGGCGCUCGUCAUGUGUCACUUCAAAAAUCCCAUAGGAAAAAAUACUAUAGUAAACACUGUAGUGUUUUUGAACAAUUACACUGUAAUGCUGGGUAGAAAUGCUGGGUUAUUUAAAGCCAAAUUGGGUCAAAUAUGGACUUGGGUUUAAAUUUUAAUUCAAUUGGGGUCAAUUUUAAUUCAGAAAAUUAAACCAUCAAUUGAUUUAGUUAAUAUUACACCUAGAAUUGGGUUGAAAUAAGCCAACAUUUUUAGAGGGUAAUUAAUCUGUUUUUAAUUAAUCUGUUAGUGAUUCCAUAGUUGCUAUGGUAACACAACAACUAUCAUAAUUGAUCUGUUGUGGUAAUUCUAUAGUUGCUAUGGUAACACAACAACUAUCAUAAUUGAUCUGUUGUGGUAAUUCUAUGGUUGCUAUGGUAACACAACAACUAUCACAAUUGAUCUGUUGUGGUAAUUCUAUAGUUGCUAUGGUAACACAACAACUAUCAUAAUUGAUCCGUUGUGGUAAUUCUAUAGUUGCUAUGGUAACACAACAACUAUCAUAAUUGAUCUGUUGUGGUAAUUCUAUGGUUGCUAUGGUAACACAACAACUAUCACAAUUGAUCUGUUGUGGUAAUUCUAUAGUUGCUAUGGUAACACAACAACUAUCAUAAUUGAUCUGUUGUGGUGAUUCUAUAGUUGCUACGGUAACAACAACUAUCAUAAUUGAUCUGUUGUGGUGAUUCUAUAGUUGCUAUGGUAACACAACAACUAUCUUAAUCUGUUGUGGUGAUUCUAUAGUUGCUAUAGUAACACAACUACUAUCGUAAUUGAUCUGUUGCGGUGAUUUUAUAGUUGCUAUGGUAACACAACUAUCAUAAUUGAUCUGUUAUGGUGAUUCUAUAGUUGCUUUGGUAACUCAACAACUAUCGUAAUUAAUCUGUUGUGGUGAUUCUAUAGUUGCUGUGGUAACACAACAACUAUAGUAAUUGAUCUGUUGUGGUGAUUCUAUAGUUGCUAUGGUAACACAACUAUCAUAAUUGAUCUGUUGUGGCGAUUCUAUAGUUGCUAUGGUAACACAACAACUAUCGUAAUUAAUUUGUUGUAGUGAUUCUAUAGUUGCUAUGGUAACACAACAACUACAGUAAUUGAGCUGUUGUGGUGAUUUUGUAGUUGCUAUGGUAACACAACUAUCAUAAUUGAUCUGUUGUGGUGAUUCUAUAGUUGCUAUGGUAACACAACUACUAUAGUAAUUGAUCUGUUGUGGUGUUAUAGUCGCUAUGGUAACACAGCAACUAUAGUAACUGAUCUGUUGUGGUGAUUCUACAGUUGCUAUGGUAACACAACAACUAUAGUAAUUGAUUUCUUAUUGCAAUUCUAUAGUUGCUAUGGCAACACAACAACUAUAGUAAUUGAUCUGUUGUGGCAAUUCUAUAGUUGCUAUGGUAGCACAACAUCUACAGUAAUUGAUCUGUUGUGAUUAUAUAGUUGCUAUGGUAAUACAACAACUACCAUAAUUGAUUUGUUAUCGCAAUUCUAUAGUUGCUAUGGUAACACAACAACUAUAGGAAUAUAAACAAAUGACCAAAUACUGUAGUUUUUAACCAUAGUGUAUAUUAUAGUAUAAUAUACACUAUAGUUGUUGAAAACUACAGUUUUUACAUUAUACAGUACAUUAUACUACAAUACACCACAGUUUACUGUAGUAAAAAAUAAAAAAUACUUCAGUAUUACUGUGUUUAUCAGUUGACUAUAGUUAAUACUACAGCAUGCCGGAGCAUUCAUUGAUAGAGUUGUAAAUACUAUAAAAUAUGCACACUCUCAGAAAUAAAGUACUCUUUAAAAGGGCACCUAUUAUGCAAAUAAUUGAUAAAUGUCUGCAGAAACGAUUUGAUUGACAUUCUCCAUUUGUACAUGUCAUCAGAGGGGAAGAGCUCCGCCCACUAGUAACCAUCUCUCCCUCAUUAACAUAAACAGCCCUGAGUGAGAAGCAGCCAUCCACCGUUAGAGUUUUGAAUCUGCCACUAUGCUGACACACAGGCAUUUGUAGCUCCGCCCUCUUCUGAAAAGAGCAUGGCCUCAUUUGAAUUUAAAGCGACAGUCA